GGGAUCUCUCCUUGCCUUUCUUUCUUCUUUUUCUCUCAAUUAUGCCUAAUAAUAAUAACUUGGAUAUCCCUCGAGCUUAUGAAGACGCGGAAUUUGUAUCAGAACACUUGGGUUUUUUACCAAUAGAUAUUUUAGAUAAACUAUAUAAUGCUGGUAACAUUGCAUGUUAUAAAGCUUUGGAAGGUCUCAAACCCUAUCUAUCUAUGUGUUCUCAACUUCAACAAGAUAAAAAGCAGCAACUAUUAGAUAAGGCAUUUACUCUAUUCGAAGCACACUUGGAAGUAUUAAUUGACAAAACAUUCAACAAGUUUCAACAAUACUUUUUAGAUAGUAUUCUUUAUAUACCCCAUGACCAACCAAUUAUUCUAGAACAUUACAAGGAUUUGGACUUGACGCUUACUGAAGAUCAUAUUGAUUUGAUCGAUGCAGAACUAGAGGAGGCUAGAAACUCAGUGAUAUCACAAAAAGCUUUCAAUCAUUGGAUCAAGAAAGAAGAAAAACGAUUGGACAGAAGUUUACGUAUACAAGAAGAAUAUAAAAGACAAUUGGAAUUCAUGUCUUCAUUAUCAAAUGAAUAUAAAGUACCUCAACUGGAUGAUGCCGUACAAGGGGUAGCUGGAGAUUUGGAUAAAUUACAAACACAAGUAGAACGAAGGUUGGAUGAAGUUUUCAAACAAGGAAUACUGGAUAACCUGGAAACUAAUGAUAUACGAAGAAAUUAUCUACGGGAGGUUAUACAACGACAUAUUGAGAAACCUACUAGUAUAGAUAUACCUUAGAAUAGUUUUAUUAUUGAAAUAUAUAUAGUAUGUUUUUUUUCUAUUGUUAAAUAUUCAUCAUCAUUAUCAAAACGAAAUAAAAUUGUAUAUGUGUAAAAAAAAA